AUGGAUUAUCAAAACCGCGCCGGUUCCAAAUUCGGCGGUGGUGGUGUCGCCUCUCAAAGCGCCACCAACGCCGAUCGCCGCGAACGUCUUCGCAAACUGGCACUGGAGACCAUCGACCUGGACAAAGACCCCUACUUCUUCAAGAACCACGUCGGCUCCUUCGAGUGUCGCCUGUGUCUGACUGUCCACCAAAACGAUGGCUCCUACCUCGCUCACACCCAAGGAAAGAAGCAUCAGACCAACCUUGCCCGCCGCGCAGCAAAAGAGCAGAAGGAGGGCAAAGGACAGAUCGAUCCCCAGACCGGCUUGCCCGUCGGUAGGAACGUGGUCAAGAUUGGGCGGCCCGGAUACAAGAUUACCAAGGUUCGGGACCCGGUCACGAGGCAGCAGGGCUUGUUAUUCCAACUGCAAUACCCAGAGAUCACCAGCGACGUCAUCCCCAAGGUCCGAUUCAUGAGUGCCUUCGAGCAGCGGGUCGAGGAGCCUCCGGACAAGAACUUUCAGUACAUGUUGGUGGCUGCCGAACCCUACGAGACCUGUGCUUUUAAGCUGCAGGCGAGAGAGAUAGACAGGAGCGGUGAGAGAUACUGGACCUGGUGGGAUAAGGAUCUGAAGGAGUUCUGGGUUCAGGUCAUGUUCAUGACAGAAAGAGAAGAGCGAUACGUGGGCGUGCCUGGUUUGCCGGGACGCCGGUAG